GAGAAUAUCCAUUAUGAGAAUUUCGACUGUACUGGUUGCGCAAACGGUAUCAGCGCUGAAAUUCUUCCUGCUCGAUGUCCCACGACUCGAGCUUUGUAUAUCAGGUAAUCUAUGGCCCCCGUAAUCGGUUGCUGCCAGCGCCUCAAUCGCAGCUGGACGCACGAUUGGACGAGCGGCUCGAUGUUAAUUUGCGCAACGCGCUCGUCGGUAAUGAGCCUUUUGGAUGCCUUGAAUAUCCCUGAAAUAAUCUCUCCCAGUGAACGGCUAUAGCGUGAGUGCGACGCGGUUGACAAGACCAUUUGGGAGUGGCGUGAACGGAACGGUCACCUGCACGAUGAUACUGGGCCAGCGAAAGUACGCGAGGGUACACCGCUUCGGCGUCUCUCAGCGCCUUCUUCACCAAUCUAAUGGCCAAG